GUGUUUUUAAGCCAAUGUAAUUCUGUGGAAUAAUGUUGCAAGGGUAAAGGCCUUUAUUGUUAUAAACACUUUACAACAUCAUAUAGUUUAGUGCCGUUCAAUGUGCAUUAAACUUUGGUCAUGUAGGUCAUUGUACACUGACUGUGUGUUGAAGGUUGCAUACAAUAUUUUGGUCUGACAAAAAUGGCUGGCAAAGAGCUCCUUGUAUACAUUCUGUGUGCUGUUUUUGUUGUAUGUAUUUAACUGUAUUGAUUUAAAAUGUGGGCAUUGUGGUAUUAAUACAUGUGUAGUACAUGAAUAUUGGUAUAGGGAAUUUGUAUAUUAACCACAAUGUGUGUGUGUGUGGUUUAUGUUGGUAACAAUGUAUGUUAAGUAGGUCACAAAACGCAAAUAGGAUUAUGUGAAAUAUGGAAUGCAUGGAAACUGCUGUGUGGGUUUCUAAUUACACCUAAAACUGCUGUAUAGGGCAUUAAAACGCGCGUUGUUUAGAGAUAGUUAAUUGGCUGACACCUUAUUAAUCAACCUUGCGCCUGUGUUAAGAUAACCACAACGAAGCCAGGAAGUCGCUGGUCACACACGCACCCGGGAAACUAGUGUUUCCUUGUAUACACAAUCAACUUUUUCGUGGCGCAAUUUAAACCUGGAUGCGGCGCGACUCUCCCGCUUUUUUCUGCCGCCACAAGUCACGUGACAGAACCUUUCUCCUUAGGUGUAGACGAGAUUACGUCACGCUGUCGCCAGAUGCGACGCGCUAGUCACAUGAUAGUUACAUCGCUUUUUUCGCGGCAGGCAGCGCUUAUAAACAACAGAUGCACAACGCCAGAUUGCCAGUAUAAAGGAGGACACAGCGCGUUCUAAAUAACGUAUGCACCUGUUCCUUUAUAUUCAAACCACAGCAGCGGGAUUCCAAGUAACUGUUCCUUUGUUCCAAGCCGCAAUACAAAUAUUGUUCGUUGUAUGUAAAUGCUAUGUUAACAUUCUGUUAGGUGAAUAGCAACUUAAAGCAAACAAGUUGGGUUACUGGAAUUCUAUAACCUUACAGACAUAAGGUUACAAACCAGUGGUUCCAUACAUUCAGUAGACAUACCGAAUAUAGUAAUAAAGGUGUGGUAUGCAAGUUAGGUUAAUUACAAACCAAAUAAGGAAUCAGUAAUAAAUAAUAGAACCAGACAACACACCACACCUAACACUAGCUUUUAUGCUGAGUACAAGGACUUUGAUCUAAAAUUGACAUGGGAGUAACAAAACGUACCGAUGAAGAAUCUUAACAAAACUUGAGUUCAGAAACCACUGCCAUAAUUGUUUAGUGCAACUAACUGGGGUAGUGGGUCAACUGUGGAGUAAAUUCUAUUUCCCUAUGGUACCACCAUUACACAAUGGUGGUCAACUAAUCUAUAAACACAUUGUGUUAAACUUAAUGUUCUUUAUUUACAGUGUUAGGAAUUAUAGUUGGACCUUGUGGUCUAAAUACAUAAUUCUGGCGGAAACUAAUCGUAUCACCUCUACAAGAUAACAUUGGGUGGCCGUUAUGUCUGUUGUAAACACAACCAUGUCUACAACGGUAGGCAGUACAGUGCCCCCUAGUGACACUGGAGCCCCCGAAAAGCCGAAUCAGCCUCGGCGGGGGCGUGUCACAAACCAACUACAAUACCUUCGUAAAGUAGUUAUGACAUCACUAUGGAAACAUCACUUUGCGUGGCCUUUCCAUGUGCCCGUGGAUCCUGUAAAACUGGGAUUGCCGGACUACUUUGAUAUCAUUAAACACCCAAUGGACAUGGCCUUGAUUAAAAAGAAGUUGGAAACGAACCAAUAUUAUUCAGCCAAGGAAUGUUUGCAGGACUUCAACCUUAUGUUUAGCAAUUGUUAUAUUUAUAACAAGCCAACCGAUGACGUUGUCCUUAUGGCUCAAACUUUAGAGAAAAACUUCCUCCAAAAAAUUCGUGAUAUGCCGGCUGAGGAAUUUGAAGUCCAACCCACCACCAAGGGCAAAGGAAAACGUGGUAGAGCUGCUAGGGGGGCAGGUGCUACACUUACUAGAAAGCAAACACAAGAUGCUUUGCCACAAGUAGCAAAAGUUGGCCUUCCUGAAGAAGCUCACUCUGUCACUUCAACCAAUGAUGUCAUCACCCCGACACACCCCCCACACACCCCUCACCUAGUUCACACCCAACACCCCAUCCACCAACCCCACCCAGCCUUCAAAAGCGAACCACAAACCACUAUCCCGCCUCAAGCAAUGCCUGCCUCAUUACAAGCUACUAAUUCCCACCAAGCCCACCUGCCUUCUAAGGCUAAGAAAGGUGUGAAGAGAAAAGCGGACACGACCACCCCUGUAAUCACCACUGUGGCUGGUAAGAACAUGACUACUGCAUCUCCCGAGCAUGAUACAUCACAUGAUAACGAGGAGUCUUCCCAUGGGAUGGAGGAUAUUGAUCCCACGGAGACGACAACGAGAGUCCCCGGUCGCAUUCAGUCCCUGGGGAGGAGGGAAAGCUCGGGGCGGACGAUCCGACCACCAAGAUCGAGGGACCUUGACUCUGAGGAAGGGGUGGGUGACGAACUCCAUAACAAACGCCCUAAGAUGGUGAAACUAACCGAGCAAAUGAAAUAUUGUAAUAACCUUCUCAAAGAUUUCUUUUCAAAGAAACACGCGAGCUUUUCAUGGCCGUUCUACAAGUCUGUAGAUGCCGAUCUAUUAGGACUCCAUGAUUAUUAUGAUAUGAUCAAGAAUCCCAUGGACCUCGGGACUAUGAGGAAAAAGAUGGAAAGCAGGGAAUAUCGCACCCCGGAUGAGUUUGCGUACGACAUGCGACUUAUCGUAACCAACUGUUACAAAUACAACCCCCCAGAUCAUGAUGUGGUUGCCAUGGCUAAGAAGUUAUCGGAUGUUUUUGAAAUGAAAUUUGCGAAAAUGCCCGACGAACCCAGAUCGGACUUUGACCCCGAAGUUUCUCGGAAUGUUAAAGAUGUUCCCGAUAAAUCUAAGAAAGAGAAACGGAGACGGAAACAUAAACAUUUGUCACCCACGGAAGAUUCAUCGUCGGAAUCAGAGUCGUCGUCCUCCUCUGAUGAAGAUGAGGAAAGAUCGGAGAAGUUGGCAUCACUCCAGGAGCAGUUAAAGCAAGUCCACCAUCACCUAUCGCAACUAACGGAGCAACAACAACGAUUGCUGGGUGACAACAAACCUAAGAAAAAAAAGAAGAAAAAAGAUAAAAAUCGAUCCAAAAAUAAGGAUGAAGAUGCAAAACUAAAGAAAAAGACCAAACCCCCCAAACCUGAGCGCAAACCACCCUCCCCCCCGGUAACUACGAGCACCCCAGCGCCCCCCGCCGCUGCUAAACCAACCGCUACUAAACCCAAGACCGAGGGAACCAAGAAAGGAAGGAAGGGGAAAGCUACCAAGAAGGGCCAGCCUGAUGUUUAUCAUUAUCAAAGUGAGGAAUCCGACAAUGAGAACCUUGAGCAAGCUAAACCAAUGACUUACGAUGAGAAACGACAGCUAUCGUUGGAUAUAAAUAAAUUACCAGGGGAUAAACUUGGAAGAGUGGUCCAUAUUAUACAGACAAGGGAGCCAUCUUUAAAAGAUUCCAACCCGGAUGAAAUUGAAAUUGAUUUCGAAACCUUGAAACCGUCCACCCUUCGUGAAUUGGAGAAAUACGUGAUGACAUGUUUGAGGAAGAAACCUCGCAAACCUUACACCAAGAAACAACCAGCCACAAAGGAACAGAUGAUGCAAAAGAAGAAAGAGGAAUUAAAGAAGAGGUUGGAAGAUGUUAGUGAUAAACUAGGGAUGCCAAAGAAACCAAAGAAAGCAAAAGCCGGUGUUGAAGCUUCGUCCCGUUUGUCGGCUAGUUCGAGCAGUUCUUCCGAAUCCGAUGACUCGUCGUCCUCGAGUUCCAGUGGCUCAUCAGAUUCAGAAUCAGAAAUACGGAAACCGAAGCCAGUUGAACCAACCAACCCCGCACCUCAGCCCCGCGUUCCCCCCCAACCCCCCAUCCAUCAACCACAACUAAACCAACCAACAAACGUUGUUCCGAUCCCACAAAAGCCCCACAACCAACCCCCAACGAACAUCAUACCCCGCCCACCCGUUGUUAACCCUCCACCCCCACCAAGUGGUAGCGUGAUCGCACAGCAAGACCCGGGGUCUUCAUUAUUACAUCACAGACCAAAUGUUCAAGUUCAACCAAUAGUGCCACCCAGUGUUCACACGUCCGAGACACAAAUAAUCAACACAAGCUCAACAGCGCUCCGUGUGGAAGAUAAUCAAACCACCCUCGUUAAAAAGAAUGAAAUAAAAAUGAAGAAUCGAAGCUCGUGGAGUAGUCUUGCCCAAACCUGGGGUUCUAAGGGGGUUUCCCAACCUGGGGUAAUGACCCCUAACCAGCCCCAGUUGUCGCGACCCACCAACGCAGCCGAGAGUUUCGAAACAUUCCGCAAGCAAGCCGAGGAACGAAAGCAAAUGUUGGCUUUGUAUAAACAACAAGAGGAACAGAAGAGAUUGGACAAGAUUCAAUCAGAAGCUCAACUUAAACAAGAACAAGACAAACAAAGAGAACAAAAAGAAGCAAUGGAAGCUGCAAGGAGGCAAUCUUCGAAUGGGGGCGUGACUGGGGGUGUGACUGGGGGCGUGGCAGCCGACCAUGAGGAGAUGAGAAAGCAAAACCAGAUCGCCCGAAUGCGAGAACAGCAAAGACAACGACGGAAGGAGAUGGCGGGGCAGAUUGAUAUGAACCAACAGUCGGAUAUUAUGAAGAGUUUCGAAGAGAAUAAUCUCUGAUUGUGCAAUACUGUGACAUCAUAAUGUGUGGUUGUGAUGUCAUAUACAGUGUAUGACAUCAUAAAUGAUUUGGUUGUGACAUCAUUGUCGCUAGAUGGAGGGUUGUGUGUGACAUCACAAGUAGAUGUGACAUCACAAUAGGGUUUCUUCAUAUAGCGCCGUUUAGUGGCCGAACUCAAUGCUGCCACACGUGGACAGGAUUUGCAAUUCUCCGAAAAAAGCUGCGUUUUCAUUUUUUCUAAUUUCUUUCGUUGGCUCGCACGAAUCUGUAAUGUACAGUUUCAACCAUUAGGUGAAUUUCACACUUUGUAUAUAAGACCCCCCCCCCCCUUGCUUAAUUAGACACAAUUUAUUUACAACACAAGCCACUAACCCAUUGUAACUAAGUUGAUGAUGUGUUUUCAACAGUUUUUGUUUCGCAAAAAUUUUUUCGUUGAAAUUUCCCUCGAACAGAUGCGUGAGAUUCUGCUUUCAAUAAAAAGCCAAAUUAAAUUUUUCAACUUCUAA